AUGGUAUCCCUGAAACGCAGGUAUUAUUUUUUAAACAAUAUAUGCCCUCCGGGUGUUCCCAUAUCCCAAUGCAAGGUUAAUCCAUGCGAAGUCACAAAAUGCCCUUUAUAUCCUAAUGCGGAAUGCCGACCGUUUUAUUGCGGGGGAUGUUUCGCCAUCUUUUACGUUGAUGAUGCGAAACAUCUAUGCCCUCCCGACAAACCCGUAGUCAAUUGUUUAGUGGACCCGUGCCAGCUAUCCAAAUGUCCGACACAUCCCAAUGCUGAAUGCCGAGCUAAUUAUUGUGGAGGUUGCAAUGCCGAUUUUUAUCUCUAUGGAAAAAAAGUUUCAUGCGAAAGUGAAAACUCAAAAUGCCCUCCCCCUAAGCAUAUCUUCAAUUGUUUUGUGGAUCCAUGUCAAUUCGCUAAAUGCCAAGCUUAUCCCAGUGCGGAAUGCAGAUCAAAUUAUUGUGGUGGUUGUAACGCAGAUUUUUAUUUGAAUAACAAGAAAGUUUCCUGUUUAAAAUCAGUAUGCCCUCCUGAUAAACCAAUCGUCAAUUGCCUAGUGGAUCCAUGUCAAUUCGCGAAAUGUCCAGCGAAUCCCAAAGCUGAAUGUCGAUCAAAUUAUUGUGGAGGCUGCAAUGCCGAUUUUUAUCUCAAUAAUGAGAAAAUUUCUUGUGAAAAAGAAUUAUUAUGCCCUCCUGAUAAACCAAUCGUCAAUUGCCUAGUUGACCCAUGUCAAUUCGCUAAAUGUCCAAUGAAUCCCAAGGCUGAUUGUCGAUCAAAUUAUUGUGGGGGCUGCAAUGCUAAUUUCUAUCUCAACGAACAGAAAGUUUCCUGUGAAAAAGAAUCAUUGUGCCCUCCUGAUAUUCCAAUUGUCAAUUGCCUAGUGAACCCAUGUAAAUUUGCGAAAUGUCCAGCUAGCCCCAAAGCUGUAUGUCGAUCAAACUAUUGUGGGGGCUGCAAUGCUGAUUUCUAUCUCAACGAAGAGAAAGUUUCGUGUGAAAAUUCCUUGUGCCCUCCUGAUAAACCAAUCGUCAAUUGCCUUGUGGACCCAUGUAAAUUUGCGAAAUGUCCAGCUAACCCCAAAGCGAAAUGUCGGUCAAAUUUUUGUGGUGGUUGUAACGCAGAUUUUUAUUUGAAUAACAAGAAAAUUUCCUGUUCAAACUUAGUAUGUCCUCUUGAUAAACCCAUGGUCUAUUGUUAUGUGGAACCAUGUCAAUUUGCGAAAUGCCCAGCUUAUCCCAAAGCUGAAUGCCGGUCGAAUUAUUGUGGUGGCUGUCAUGCAGAUUUUUAUUUGUAUAAGGAGAAAGUGUCAUGUUCAGAAACAAAUGGGAAAUGCCCUCCCGACAAACCAAAGGUUAAUUGUUUAGUGGAUCCUUGUAAAAUUGCCAAAUGCCCGUCUAAUCCUCAGGCCAUAUGUAAAGCUAAUUAUUGCGGAGGUUGCAAUGCUGAAUUUUAUGAGAAUGACAAACCGAUUAUUUGCCAUGAAUGUCCACCGGGUCAUCCAAUAGUAAUGUGUUAUGCUAACCCAUGCAAGUUAACAACUUGUCCUGCCUAUCCCAAUGCCAUUUGUAAACCUUAUAUUUGUGAAACUUGUGAAGCUAGAUACUAUGUAAACGAAAUCAGGGUGCGUUGCGAUAAAAAAUGUUCACCUACAGAACCCAUCGUCAAUUGCUUGAUAAACCCAUGUAAAUUUGCUGUUUGCCCUGCCUUCCCCGAUGCUAUAUGUACAACCAGUAAUUGCGCAAGUUGUAAAGCGGAGUUUUAUUUGAAUGAAACUUUGGUGGAUUGCGAGAAAAAAUGUCCAUUACACAAACCUAGAGUUGAAUGCUUAGUUAACCCAUGUGAUGGAAAAAUUAUUAAAAAAUAUCCAAACGCUAUAUGCGUUCCCAAUUACUGUGGAGGGUGCGAUGCCGUUUUUUAUAACGAAGGAAAGAAAAUUAAAAAAUACUAAAAAAAAAAUUUUUUCACACUUUAUAAAAUUUAAAUUAAACCAAUAUAGCCUCAAAUUUAUUUGUAAAAAUGAUAUUAAUAAUA